UGAAGUCAAUUUGUGAGUUUUCUUCGCAAAACCAUCUGAUACGCUUCUCUUGGUUUGGAACAACCAUAAUUAAGCUAACUAAUGGGUGUUGUUUCACACGAAGCAAUCAAUCAGUUCAAGGUCUUGAUGGACCAAGUUGAUGAGCCUCUGAAAAGAACAUUUCAGAAUGUUCAUCGGGGAUAUAAAGUCGAAACUUUGGAGCGAUUUUUGAAAGCUAGAGACGGGGUUGUCGCCAGAGCCCACAAGAUGUUGGUAGAUAGCUUACACUGGAGGCUGCAGAAUGGUAUCGAUGACAUAUUAUCUAAACCCAUAGCUCCUGCUAGUUUUUACCGAGGAGUGCGUGAUUCUCAGCUGAUAGGAGUGUCUGGUUAUACAAGAGAGGGCCUUCCGGUAUUUGCUAUUGGUGUAGGUCUCAGCACGUACGACAAAGCAUCUGUCCACUACUAUGUGCAAUCACAUAUUCAAAUUAAUGAAUAUCGAGAUCGUGUAAUAUUGCCUGCUGCAACAAAAAAAUAUGGAAGAUAUAUCGGCAAGUGCGUGAAGGUUUUAGAUAUGAGCGGCCUGAAACUUUCUGCAUUGAACCAGAUAAAGCUGCUCACAGCUAUCUCUACUAUUGAUGACCUCAACUAUCCGGAGAAGACGGUCACAUAUUAUAUAGUCAAUGUUCCAUACAUAUUCUCGGCUUGUUGGAAGGUUGUAAAACCCCUUUUGCAGGAGCGGACGAAGUUAAAAGUUCACGUCUUGCAAGGAUGUGGCCGUGAUGAACUGUUGAAGAUAAUGGACUAUUCUUCCCUGCCUCAUUUUUGUCGUGGCUCGUCGCGCCGUUCUGAUGAUACAACUGUAGAUUGCUUCUCGUUUGACCAUCCUUUUCAUCAAGAACUAUACAGAUACAUCAAGAAGCAAUCUGGGACUCGUGAACCUACAAAACCACUGAAGCAAGGGUCGGUACACGUGGAAGUGCCCUUGGCAGACCCGAAAAAGGCAGAGUUGUGCAGAACCUUGGAAUCUGAAUGGAAAAAGUUUCAAAGCCAAGAUGGUCUUACCAGUCGUGUACAUGAUAUUAAAAUCAGUGAUUAGAAUGUGCUAACAUAGCUGUAAUGAUCAUAAAGCCGUAUGUUUGGCCUUGUAAUUUGAUGUGUUUUCUGGUUCUUAA